AUGAGCAGAAUUCUUAUCACAGGUGCAACCGGGUACGUUGGCGGUACUGUACUUUCUCAACUUAUAGCCAGUACUGCCCCAAGCAUCAAGGAUCUCACCUUCGAUCUCCUCAUUCGCGACGAAGCGCAGGCUGUGAAACUCAGAAACGCGUACGGUUCUCGCGUUAAUACCAUCAGAUGGUCUGGCCUUGAGGACACGGCUUUCAUUGAAGACACAGCCUCGAAUUAUGAUAUUGUCAUCAAUACUGGCUCUGGUUUCAUUCCUGAAGGUGCCAUUGCCUUUGUAAAUGGUCUCGCACGCGGUAUCAAUACCGGUAAACCCGCACCGUGGAUGUUGCACAUAUCUGGUUGUACAAACUUAUCCGAUCGUCCUUUGACGCAACCCCCAAGACCGAUACGCGAGUGGAAUGAUGAAACAGACCGUGGAAGGAUCCUCGACUUCAUGGGAGCGCUCGAUGAGAUGGAGCCAUACGCGCAGCGCACAACCGAAGUCGGCGUCUUGAAUACGGCUGCUGAAACUGGUGUACAGGCUAUCAGUGUCAACACACCUUGCAUCUUUGGCGAAGGUACUGGCCUGUUCAACCGCCAAGGUCUAGUCAUUCCUUUGAUCAUGAUGUACGUUGUACAGCAUGGCUACGGCUGGAAGCUCAACGAAACUGCGAAUUUCGAUUGGGUCCACGUCAUCGAUCUCGCCGAUAUAUAUGUUCUUCUCGUACGCACCAUUCUUGAACGCGAUGACCGCGGUGUCGGUUAUCUUCCAUCUGGCAGGAAUGGCAUCAUGUUCUCAGCAGUGGGCCGCACCCUCAUCAAGGAGAUCAACCAGAGUUGCUUGGAUGCAGCCUUUGCUGAUGGUACCUUACCACGCGAUGAUACCCCCAAAGAAAAGGAAAUCAGACUUGUACCACUGUAUGAAAUUGCGGACAAGCUCACCGCAGGCCGUCGCGAUAUCGCGGAGCGUGGCUGGGGCGGGCAUAAGGCUACGAAAGCGGUGCAAGCACGCAAGCUAUUAGGCUGGGAGCCAAAGCGACAGCAAAAUGCUUGGAAGAAGGACUUUUGGGCUGAAUUAGUCGCCCUAACGGAGAACAGGCGGAUGGUGACCAUGGAGAGCUGCAUUGGGGCUAAGAAGUAA